CCAUCUUCCUAAAACACAAACAACAAGAGUAGCGAGCAGACGAGCUAGCAGCGCACCGUCGGAGAGAGCAAAAACACUUUAUGUACAUAUUACACGCGGUUUGAUGAGGAUUAUAACGCGAUUCCUGAAGACGAGCACGUCGACAGUCAGAGACUGCACGGUCACAAGCGCAGAGUACGAGACGACUGGAAAUAACACGCAUCUCCAGCUCCAGAAAUAAAGAGGUUGGAGAAGAACCAUCAGAGAGUGAGAGGGGUUGCCUGUUGGGGCCUGGUCGUACAGCAUUUCAGCCAGAGCCAGAGCCAGAGAAAAGAAGGGAGAGGGAGAGAAGAGGAGGAAAGGAGGACAGAGGAAGAGAGUCGCGGUCACCUGCUUUAGACGGCUGCAUUGCCAGCUGAUCUGACUUUUGUUUAUAGCAUUCAGUUUCUCCAGCUGUACUUAGGUUUUAUCAUCAGUAUCAAAGUUUUGCUGUUAUCAGGCAGUUAUUAGUGUUAGUUAAAUUUUAUUUUUUUCCCAUCAUUUUUCCAGCUCUAAGUUUUUUUUUGUUUGUUUGUUUUUCGUAUGUUUUUAUUUGUUUGAUGUUUUGGGCUGUGAGCAGGAGUUUUCACAUCAAAUUUGACCUUUGAUCCUUUUUACCUCCUGCACACACCCAGUACAAGGCAGCUAUUUCCCUACUCUUUCUCAAGUUCGGAAAUCUUAAAACACCUUAAAACAACAUACCUUCACACACGCACACUCACGCACACCACUCAGCCUUCUCACCUAAGCCUGGUCCAGCCUAGUCUCUCCUGCUCUGCUCCCCUGGACAGGAUUCAGCUCAGAGACGAAGAGAGGAAUAUGACAGCUGAGACACUUAACUUCGGCCCAGAAUGGCUCCGAGCACUUUCCAGUGGAGGCAGUGUGACUUCCCCUCCUCCCUCUCCUGCUAUGCCAAAGUACAAGCUGGCCGAGUAUCGCUACGGCCGAGAGGAGAUGUUAGCACUUUAUAUCAAAGACAACAAGGUCCCAGAAGACAUGCAGGAUAAGGAGUUUGCUGCUAUUCUGCAGGAUGAGCCUCAGCAGCCUCUGGCACUGGUGCCUCUAACCGAGGAGGAGCAGCGGAAUUUCUCCAUGUCUGUCAACAGUGUGGCUGUGCUGAGGCUCAUGGGUAAAGGGGGUGGAGCCACCCCUACCGGCAUGGCCCGUGGCAGAGGCAGCGUGAGAGGUGGCCGAGGCAGAGGCAGAGGAGAAGGUGGAUUCUACCAAAGAAGUACUGAAGACGGCGAAGUGGGUUUCAGCAGGAGCGUUAGAGAGAUCCACCGUAGCCAGAGCUGGGAUGACAGAGGUGAGAGACGUUUUGAGAAGCCCUUGCGUAGGGAAGGCCUACGGGUGGGCUUUGAAGAGGUGGGCUCUGGGGGAAGGAAGGAGUACAUGCGCUCAGACAGUGACAACUGGCGCACACUUCGAGAGGAGCACGAGCAGGAGGAGGCGGGAGACACAGGGGGCAGCUGGAGACUGGCCGGCUCACGUCGUGAUGAUGGUGGUCCUCGCUCAGCAGGUUGGCGCGAGCAUGGUGAGGUUCGCCGCAGAAAGUUUGACUUCGACUUCCGGGAUGGAGGUGUUGAGGGAGGCAGGAGAAGGGCAGGAAGUGAAGGUGCAGAGGAAGAGAGAGAUGGGUUGCCAGAGUGGUGCACUGAUGAAGAGGAUGGAGAGAUGGGCACCUUCGACUCUUCCGGAGCUUUCAUGUCAAUCAAGAAAGGUUCCAAGGACCCUAUCCCUGAGGAGGAGUUUGAGUUUCAGGGGUUGGAAGAUGAGGAAGAAUGUAGUACGGAUGGAGAGAGGAAAAACAGCAGUGGUGGAGAGAAACCUGAGAGAGGUGAGACUGACUCUGCAGCUGGGACUGAGAUUGAGGUGAAGUCUCUUCCUCCCUCCUCUCCUCCCUCUGUUUCUCUCUCCCCUGCUCAGUCCGAGCCUGUGCCUGCUGCUGUCCCCGCUGGCCUGGAGGAUCCUCAGCCUGCCCCCACCAUGCCCAGUAAGAUGCCAAGUGAAGUGUUAUCAGAGCCCCUGUCUGAGCUGAGCCCCAGUGCCUCCUCCAGUCUGCCUUCAUCCCCUCCCUCCUCUUCCUCUGCUGCUACUGACCUCCCGCCACCGGGGGGUGACCCUGAGGAUGAUGAGGGCAUGAAGCACCUGCAGCAGGAGGCAGAGAAGAUGGUGGCAGCGCUUCAGGACACAUCUCUGGAGGAGGAAUGUUUCACCCAGACGCUGCAGGAGAAUAGAAACACUGCUGCUGCCCUGCCUCUCUCCCACGACUCCGCCAUGAAGUGGUUCUACAAAGACCCGCAGGGAGAAAUCCAGGGCCCCUUCACUACAGUGGAGAUGUGUGAGUGGUUCCAGGCAGGCUACUUCAGCAUGUCUCUGUUGGUGAAGCGUGGCUGUGAUGAAGGUUUCCAGCCUCUCGGGGAUGUCAUUAAGAUGUGGGGGCGUGUGCCUUUUGCCCCCGGACCCUCCCCGCCACCACUGUGUAAUCUGGAUCAGGAGAGGCUGAAGAAGCAGCAGGAGUUAGCUGCCGCUGCAGCUCUCUACCAGCAACUACAGCAACAGCAGCUAUUCCAGCUCAUUAACAGGUGCGGAGAGCAGGGUAUGAUGCCUUCGAUGAACAGGUCGAUGUCAGUGCCAGAUACAGGGUCCAUGUGGGACAUGCAUACCUCAGCCUCACAGCCAACAGGUGGUGAGGCCAGUAUAUGGGACUUAACUCAGGGUCCAACUCUCGAACAGCUUCAGAAGCUCCAGGAGAGAAGAGAGGCUGAACUCAGGGCUAAGAGGGAGGAAGAAGAGAGAAAAAGAAGGGAUGAAAAGAGGAGGCAGCAGGAGGAACAAAAGAGGAGAGAGGAAGAGGAACUCUUCAGACGCAAACAGGAGCUGCUGAUGAAGCUGCUCCAGCAGGCUCCACGUCAGGGGGGUGCUGGCUCAGGGUCGGGCUGGAGUGGCAACCCCAUGUCCGGGCUGGGGAAGCAGGGAAAGCCCCUCAACCUGCUGGAGUUUCAACAGGAGGCUGAAAGGCUCUACAAACAGCAGCACAGAGCCCAGCAACAGCAGAGGUGGGGUGCUGAAGGUGUGGGGGCACUCUGGGGGUCUGGAGGCAUGGAGGGCAAGGCGGCAGGUGGCAGUAGUCCCUCAGGAGGGAGCAUGGGCAUCUGGGAUGAGGCCCUAAAGAACCAGAGCGCCCUUCGCAACAGCAUGGGUCUGAAGAACAGCCGCAGCAGCCCGUCGCUCAGUGAUCAGUACAUGAUGUUAAAUCGCCGUAAACGGACUGAGGAAGAGGAGCGCUUGCUAAAGCUCUUGCAGGGGAUGAAGGCUCAGGAUGGCUUCACCACGUGGUGUGAGCAGAUGCUGCAUGCGCUUAACACCUCAGCCAACAACUCUUCCUCCUCCCAGGACGUGGCCACCAUCGUGGCGUACUUGAAGGAGGUGGAGUCGCCGUAUGAGGUGCUGGACUUUAUCCGCCACUACCUGGGCGACACCGUGGAAGCCAAAGAGUUCGCCAAGCAGUUCCUGGAGCGCCGUGCCAAACAGAAAGCCAACCAUCAGAGGCAGCAACAGCAGCUUUCUAAAGAGGUGGCUGGGCUGACCAUGAACAGCUUCCCUCUGCAGGAUUCUAUGAGGGGAAUGAAUCCCACAACUCUGCAGUCCAUGUUCCAGUCAGUGCAUUCUGGGAAGGGGGGAAUGGGCUAUGACCAGGCGGGUAAACUUAAGAAGAAACAGCCCAUGAUGCUGCACUCUGACCCAAGCAUCUUAGGGUACUCAUUCCAUGGUGCAGGGGAUCGGAUGAGCCUGAGUGAGAUGGAGAUGGUGGAGGAUUACUGAGUCCACAGCAAUAGCUACCUGAGGCCUUUUAUUCGCGGGUCCAACUAAUCAGACUCCGCAAGUCCAAUGUGCACUGCUGGGGA